UGGAUAAAAACUCUCCCUCCCAAGACUAUCUCCCGGGAAGAAAGAGCUCUCGUUGCAGCGGCCUCACUGGGCCACGGGACUGCAGGAGCGGAGCAAUGCCCAGGUACACGGUGCAUGUGCGAGGGGAAUGGCUGGCGGUGCCCUGCACCGACCCACAGCUCACAGUGGGCUGGCUAGGCCGUGAGGCCGUGCGACGCUACGUGAAGAACAAGCCAGACAAUGGUGGCUUUGCCUCCGUGGACGCUGUGCGCUUCCUUGUGCGCCGGUGCAAGGGCCUGGGCCUGCUGGACAAUGAGGAUCUGCUGGAGGUGGCCCUGGAGGACAAUGAGUUUGUGGAAGUGGUCAUAGAAGGCGAUGCAAUGUCCCCUGACUUCAUUCCCUCUCAGCCGGAAGGAGUUUACCUAUACAGCAAAUACCGGGAGCCUGAAAAGUACAUUGACUUAGAUGGGGACAGUCUGACCACAGAGGAUCUGGUCAACUUGGGAAAGGGACACUACAAAAUAAAGCUCACUCCAAUUGCUGAAAAGAAGGUACAGGAAUCCAGGGAAGUCAUAGACAGCAUCAUAAAGGAAAAAACAGUUGUUUAUGGCAUUACUACAGGUUUUGGGAAAUUUGCCAGAACUGUCAUACCUGUCAAUAAGCUACAGGAGCUUCAGGUCAACUUGGUUCGUUCCCACUCUUCAGGUGUUGGGAAACCGCUCAGUCCUGAGAGGUGCCGGAUGCUCCUGGCUUUAAGGAUUAAUGUCUUAGCCAAAGGAUACAGUGGCAUUUCCCUGGAGACCCUCAAACAAGUUAUUGAAGCCUUUAAUGCCUCCUGCCUUUCCUACGUUCCAGAGAAAGGCACUGUUGGUGCCAGUGGAGACCUCGCCCCGCUCUCUCAUCUGGCUCUUGGGCUAAUUGGAGAAGGGAAGAUGUGGUCUCCAAAGAGCGGCUGGGCUGAUGCUAAAUAUGUCCUGGAAGCUCACGGAUUGAAACCAAUUGUUCUGAAACCAAAAGAGGGCCUGGCACUCAUCAAUGGGACGCAGAUGAUCACCUCCCUGGGCUGUGAAGCUGUAGAGAGAGCCAGUGCCAUCGCCAGGCAGGCUGACAUUGUGGCGGCCCUGACCCUGGAGGUGCUGAAGGGAACCACCAAAGCCUUUGAUACCGACAUUCAUGCUGUCCGCCCUCACCGUGGGCAAAUUGAAGUGGCUUUUCGGUUUCGAUCUCUGUUGGACUCAGAUCACCACCCUUCAGAGAUAGCAGAGAGCCACAGGUUCUGUGACCGUGUUCAGGAUGCCUACACCUUGCGUUGCUGUCCACAGAUCCAUGGUGUGGUGAAUGACACCAUAGCGUUUGUGAAAGACAUCAUUACCACCGAACUGAACAGUGCAACAGAUAAUCCUAUGGUCUUUGCCAGUCGGGGAGAGACAAUUUCUGGAGGAAAUUUCCACGGUGAAUACCCAGCCAAAGCCCUUGACUAUUUGGCCAUCGGCGUCCAUGAACUUGCUGCGAUUAGUGAAAGAAGAAUCGAAAGGCUCUGUAACCCCUCCCUCAGUGAGCUGCCUGCUUUCCUGGUGGCUGAAGGUGGUCUGAACUCUGGCUUCAUGAUAGCCCACUGCACAGCCGCAGCCCUUGUUUCUGAGAACAAGGCUCUGUGCCACCCCUCAUCUGUGGACUCGCUCUCUACCAGUGCUGCCACRGAGGAUCACGUCUCCAUGGGAGGGUGGGCAGCCAGGAAGGCCCUCCGGGUCAUUGAACACGUGGAACAAGUGCUGGCCAUUGAGCUCCUUGCAGCCUGCCAGGGCAUAGAGUUCCUACGACCCCUGAGAACAACCACUCCACUGGAGAAGGUCUAUGACCUGGUGCGCUCUGUUGUAAGGCCCUGGAUAAAAGAUCGCUUCAUGGCUCCAGACAUCGAGGCGGCACACAGGCUGCUCCUGGAACAGAAGGUUUGGGACGUAGCUGUACCCUACAUCGAGAAAUACAGAAUGGAGCAUAUUCCAGAAUCAAGACCUAUUUCUCCAACAGCCUUUUCACUGGAAUCUCUACACAAGACCACCAAAAUCCCAGAGUCYGAGGAUCUUUAAUGGCUGGGUCAGAUCAGCUUAGCAGAUCAGAUGGCCCUUAGCUGAACACAAAACAAGUACGGCAAUGAGGGAAAACCUGAGAACUUUCCUAGGUGGAUCAGUCUAUUAUACACUGCAGAUAUCCUGGAUCCUGCUCUGGCUAAGCCAAUGGCAUUAUUACAGAUGCUGAGUCCAGCUCUGUGUUCCCAUUGCCACAGCUUGAGAUGCGCCAGGWGUCCUCAGGUGGAAGGACUUUUCUUUCUUUCUUAACAAUAUCAUUAGGCUGCUUAUUCUUAAGAAUAGCCACAGUUGCAAUGGGUCUGUUUUUAACUCUUAGUGUUAGAUGAACUCAAUUGAAAACAAAUUGACAGCAUUUUGUUUCCCCCCCCCAAAAAAAAAAAAAAACUUUGUUAGCGAAUCUUAUUAUUUUUUUAAUUCACUUCCACAAGCUAGUUGACUUUCUUUAGCUGAUCGUAUUAUGCUAUAGGACUAAUGUUUCUUAUUAUGCCCUUCUAAACAACCAUUUUAAGUCAUAAUUUGUUCUUAAGGUGCUAUUCCUUUUAUUAGUUGAAUUGAAGAAUAGUCCAUAGGUUUUUUUUUUAGCAGUUAAGUACAGAGGUGGUAAAAACCACCCA